AUUCCUUACGAGGCCCCACGAGUGGGCUACUGCUACUUUCCCAGUCCCCACCAGUUGGACCUAAAAAUUAAAACAACCCCAGAAAUAAAAGAAAAAUAAACAAACAGCAGAAAAGAAAAAGCUUUGUAGCUUGUAAACCUACGCCCCCCCUUUCAUCUCUCCUCACCCACCUCCACCUUCACACUUUCCUUUCUCUCUCUCUCUCCAAACCCAGUUGGUUUCUCUCUCCUCUCUCUGAGAGAGAUGGGGAGAGACAAUAGUCAAUCAAUCAGAAGCAAGAAGAACACCUAGUUAGCUCCUCACCUGCACGUGUCCAGACCAAAAUCCAAAACAGCUCAUUAAUCCAAAGCUUCUGUAGCCUUGUAGCUCUCUCCCUUUCUCUCUCGAAGAAAAGGCAGAUAGAUAAUGAGAUGGGGAGAUGGGGAGAAUAAUCAGCCAAAGGCAGAAAGAGGGCAAAAGAAGAACUGCGUUCACAAGGAAGAAUUGUUGAGGAAGGCAAGAGAUGGAAUCAACAACCCAGUCUCAAGGCAGUAAACAACAGCAGCAGCAGCAGCAACAACAACAGUCUUCUCCUUUGCAACUAGUCCCUUUCGAGAGCCGAUCAGGACCAGGUCCCGGCCCCGGCCCCGGUCCAGGCCCAUUCAUGGGCUCCAUCUCUAUCCAAGCUGGAGCUGGGAGUGGAGGAGGUGGAGCUGGUGGUGGAAGCUCGCCUAACUCUACUAGUACUACCAGUACUACCACCACUCCGCCCCAACUAGUGGAUGCUUCUCUCGCUAUCUCCACCAAGUCCGACGCUUCUCGAUCUGGGCAGCUCGUGGAUCCUUCCAAGAAGCAGCAGCAACAACUGACAAUUGCGACGACGACGACGACCACGACGAAACGGUCGUCCAAAGAUAGGCACACGAAGGUCGACGGUCGAGGGCGGCGCAUCCGUAUGCCGGCGACUUGCGCGGCUAGGGUUUUUCAGUUGACGAGAGAAUUGGGUCACAAGUCGGACGGUGAGACCAUCGAGUGGUUGCUUCAGCAAGCGGAGCCUGCGAUAAUUGCUGCUACAGGAACCGGUACUAUCCCUGCCAAUUUCUCGACCCUCAACGUGUCUCUUCGGAGCAGCGGCUCGAGCCUUUCCGCCCCGGCGUCGAAGUCUGCUCCUCAUUCUUUUCAUGGUGCUUUAGCACUUGCCCACCACCCUCAUCACUAUGACGAGUCGGGUGAACCCGCUCGGAGGCUGCUCGGUGGUGGUGACUCGGGGAUCUCGCAUACUGCUAUGCUAGGGUUCCACCAUCCGCAUCAUUCCCAUCUUUUAACUGCAGAUCAGAUUGGAGAAGCAUUGCCUGGUGGUGGUAGUGGUGCCGGCGGUGGCUCAGGUGGAGACGCUGGUGAUAACUAUUCGAGGAAACGCUUCAGAGAAGAUCUCUUCAAGGAAGAAUCACAACCGCAGCAGGAAGCCGGUGAUGCCUCUUCUCCUUCAGCUAGUAAACCCUUGAGAACUGGAGAACCCGGUGGUGGGAGCGUUGCAUCUGCUGCAGCAGCAGCUGCAGCUGGCCUAAUUCGGCCUUCAAACAUGAUGCCUGCAACGGCAAUGUGGGCAAUGGCACCGGCACCAAGUAGCGCCGGCGGUGCAUUCUGGAUGCUACCUGUUACAGCCGGCUCUACCGUCCCAACAGGGGUUGCCGCGGCUGGUGUUGGCCCUGGGCCUUCAGAACCCUCGCUGUGGACUUUCCCUGCAGCGGGAGGACAGUAUCGGGCAACAACAAUACCGACUGCAAGCGGGAACACCCUCCAAGCGCCUCUACAUUUCAUGCCUAGAAUUAACCUUUCCGGUGGGAUAGAAUUCCAGGGCGGACGAGUGGGUGCGCUCCCGCUUGGGUCAAUGCUAUUGCAACAACCUUCAGCUGCCGGCGCUUCUCAGCAUCUCGGCCUUGGUGUCUCCGAGACUAACCUGGGCAUGUUAGCAGCUCUUAAUGCCUACAAUAGAGGAGGUGGUGGACUGAGUAUGAACUCAGAGCAGCAUCAGUCAAUGGAUCAUCACCAACAAGUCCAUCCCCAACAACCUCAAGGGACUGACAGUGGAGAUGAAAACCCAAACAGUUCUCAAUAAUAAACCCAAGGCAAUCAAGAUUGUUGGUUUUGUUGUUGAGAUGCAGGAGUUCGGUUUGAAUUGAGUUGAGUGCUUUAAAUCCAGUCGAUGAUCCAAGCAGACAUUCCAUUCCCCAGUUUCCAACAUCUCCUUUUGCUUUUUUUAAUUUAAUUUUUUCUCUUGGCUUUUUGGUUUUCCCCUCAUAGAUUUGAUGUGAGUUUGAAAUCUUAUAUGUUUGGUCCAAAGGGACCAAUGGAGAACAGAUAGACAUAGAGAUAGACAUUUGUAUAGAUAUUUGUUCGUGUAGUAAUAAUUCUUUGUUUGUAUGGGAAAGAGAAAACAACAACAAAAAACCCAGUAGCUCCUCUUUUCUUUCUUUUCUUUUCGUUUCAUAUUUCAUAUCUGCUAGAUUUCUUCUUGUUCUUCCUUUCUGAUUUCUGUCUUCCCUUCUCAUGAAACAACCUCCUCUGAUCUUCCUCUAACUAGGUUGCUUUUCAUAUUUUUUUUCCCAUGUCACUGUUUGAAUCCCUGAGCAGAAAGUUGGGUCUACUUAAUUUGGCUAUUCUAUAUAGCUGUUUGUUCUUGUGGUCUUCAAAACCUCAACACACUUAUCCUAGUGUCUGCAGAGCUUGAUAUUAACAUAUAUCCUUCUUCUUCUGCUUCAACUAUAAUUCUAUCUUGCUUCGUUUAUCCAAAUAAAGAAACAAAAACCCAUCUUUGUUGGGCAUGUUUGAUUUCAUUCUUCAUGCAAAUCUGUUCUACCUGAAAGGCUGAAAGGAAACCCAUAAACAAAACUCACUUAAACAAUGUUCCUCCACACUGCAUCAUUGCAAUGGAGCAGGAAGAGCCAGCGGCAACACACCCUGUAUUGAUUGCUUUUUAAGGCCGUUAUUUCUCCAAAAUAUUAUAUUCAUUGUUUAAUGGAUUAGGGUUUGCUCCUGGUUGGCUGUUUCAAUGUCUGAGAGGAAAGAGAGAAGGAAGGAAGAAAACAUACAACCAAAGCAAAAGGAAUCUGGCGUUUGCUGUGUCUCUCUCCUUUCCAAAUUUAGAAAAACAUGCUUGUCCUUUGAAGUUUUAAACUUUAAAAGUGCAAGACCCUGAUUACCACGUCUUUGUGUUGUUUCUUCUGACUAAGAUAUCUGAUUCCCACCUCCCUGAUUGCAUUGGAGAUGACAAACUGUUGCAGGACACGAGUUUUCGAGUUGUGACUCGCUGAGUCGUGCUGUAAAUCAGUUGAGUUGACCCCUGAGUUGCUAUUUCCUGGGUGAAUAUAUUUAUUUAUUUGACUCGUUUGACUUGUGCAGUCAAAAAAAGAUGACUUUACAUUUUUAAUAUUUAAUCAUUUCCUCGUUAAUUAUUUUGGGAAAUGGCUGAGGACCACCACUUUGUAUGAUUCUUAGACAAACCCUCUGUUUUUGCGACACGUGGCGGUUUGUAUGAGAAUGGACCAACUGUUUUUACC